AUCUGUACUGCAUCCUCGAUUCUCAAACUAGAAUUGUAUCCAGAAAAAAAAAACUUAUAAAAAAUGCUAUUAUAAUCAGUAAUAACUCUGCCAUUUGGCGGAUAAUGGCCAUUGUCGAUUUAACUAUAAACUUCUGUCAUAAUGUCAUAUUUCAAAAAUUGGCGCGGUAAAACUUAAUACUUUACUCAGAGUCUGUAAACGCUCAUUUAAAUUUGAAGGAAUACAAUUUUAAUAACAAGAAUGGAAAAAUAUCAAGAAAUAGAUGAUGUUCCCCAGGCCAUGAAAGUUGCAAUAGCUAUUGGAAUUAUUAAGAACAAACCACCAGACAUAAGUGGAAGAAGAUAUGCUGAAAUUCUAUGUGAGAAAUUUAGAACAAGUCAGCUACACUGGAAAAGGCAAUGUGAAAGAGCUGGUACAGAAAUACUUCACCUGAAACAGCAAUUGAUGAUGAGCACACACGUGCAACCAUCUGCGGAAAGGGCAAAUGAACAAAACAGUCAAAUGUUAGAUGAUUCUUUACCUUCUACCAGUCAGUCAUUGUUUCCAACACCACCACUUUCAGGAAAUGCUGAAUUGCUACAGGGAACCAGUUCUGGAACACUUGCUGAUGUUCAGUUUUCAUUGGCUAAACACACUGAAUUUCUGCACCAUGUGAUCAAUAUUCAGUCUGCUUCCAAAAUUUUGGAGUCAGAUAAAUCUAUGCAAGAUGUAACUCAACAAAGUUUGAUACACAGUCUGGUUAUAAUGCAAACUCACAUAGGAGACAGUAAAAUUUCAUGGAAUGUCCAAGAACAAUGUGUCCAGACUGUUAAUACUGUUGUAGAUAAGAAAAAUAUUUCAGACACUGUUCUAAAAGAAGUGUGCAGUUUGUAUUCCCAUUUGAUAAAGGAAAUCAUGUCAUAUGAAAAUCAAGAUUAUAAGGUGCAAAAGAGAAAGUGCAACUUACUGUAUACAUUUAGUGACUGCAGAAGGCUGAUACCUAAGUUCCUCCAGCUUCUCUCUGAUGCUAUCCUUAGCUACUCGAGCAUUCUCCGAAAAUGUGUGCAAGAAAAAGAAUUUCCAGACAGCUCUAAGUUCUGUAAUAGUUAUUACAUUAUAAAGGCAGCUGAAAAGUGUAUAUGCAAAAGUGACAGACACCUGACAAGUGAGGACAAACUAGUGAUUAGAACUAAACUGGAAAAUAGUUUGCUACAUAUUACAGAUCAAUAUCCAUUAUUUGCACAUGCAAUUUGGAGACUAUGUUCUCUUUUGACUUGAUGUAUGUAGACAAAAAAAUGCUUUGUUUUUAAAAGGCAUAU